UUAUGAAGUGUUAAUCUAGUCAAGACUCUUCGUAUACCUGCUCGUUUUCUUUUGAGAUGCUUACAUUUUCUUAUAUAUAUCUAUUGCAAGAAGAAACCUUUGUUCAGAAGCAGAUACCUUUAUCGACUCUUUUGAGUUAAAGAGAUUCCUACUGUAUCAAUGGUGGAUUGGAGUGAUUUUUAUGACGACUACGAUGAGAAUUGGGAUAUUGAUUACUGCAGUGAUGGCUACCCAUACGAAUGGGAAUUUGAUAAUGAUGAUACUUACGGAGAGGAGACAAGUUACUUCUAUGGAUAUGAAAUGCAUAGGGAUCAUAGUUAUUCUUUUGCACUGAACUCAAGUGAUUGCUAUGGAUAUAAAGUGGGUUCAGAUCAUAAUGAUACUUCUGAAGAUGCUACAAGUGAAAGCUAUGAAUCGGAAGAGGAUUAUGAUGAUGAUGCGGAGGAUGAUAUUGAGGAAGAGGAUGAUGAUGAUGAUGAUGAGGAUUCAUACGAAGAGUGGAAUGAUGAUGAUGAUGAUGAUAACACUGAUACAGAGGAUGAUGAAGAUUCAUACGAAGAGUGGGAUCAUCAUGAUGAUAAUGGUUCCGAGGCCCAUAGUGAUUUCUCUGCAUAUGAAGUUGAUUGGGAUCAUGAUGAUAAUUAUUAUUCAGGAGAAGACUUUAGCGAUUACUGUGACUUUGACUAGGGUUGCGUACUGAAGCCAAGGUAGAGACAAGAAAGGUCGUUACAUCAAGUCUCUAAAAAAGCGUUCAAGUUCUUUUAU